CAGCUUCACAGAAACAGAGGCAUUGUAGGUGGAAGGAGAUGCUGCUCCUUACAUUUUCAAAUCUCUAGGUAUUCCUUCCUUCCCUCACUUGUCUUUCUUUUUCUUGUUUUAAUGCCUUGUUUGCUUUCUUUUUUUUUAUGCUCCUACUAUUACUACUAGUCUACUCCCAACUUAUGCUCUUUUAUUGUGGUUUUUAAGGUUUUGAGUUCAAACUAAGCAAAACAUACAAACACACAAACAUAGGAGACAUAUACUAUACAAAAUAUAUACAUUUUACAUUCACAAAUCAUAACCAAAUACCCAUGAUUUUCAUUUUUAUUUUUAGUUUUUACCAAAACCCAAAUGAAGAAAAAGUUUGGAAUUUGAGGCAAAUGUUUUCUUAGAUAUCAACAUGUUUAAUUCUACUCAUAAACACCAUUUUCUCUUGUUUCUCCACCACCUCUUUUUUCUUUCUUCUUCAUUUACCACCACUUUUGCCUCCACCAAUGAGGCUGUUAUCCUCUACUCUUGGCUCCAUUCUAACUCCCAUGCACCUCCCCCUGAACUUUCUGAUUGGAACCCAUUGGACCCCACACCAUGCAAUUGGACUUCCAUCACUUGUUCAUCUCAAAACCUUGUUACUCAAAUCAAUAUUCAAUCCAUUUCACUUUUACUCCCUUUUCCUUCUAAUCUUUCUUCCUUUACUUCUCUUCAAAGACUCACUCUUUCUUCUUGUAACCUAACUGGUUCAAUCCCAGAUGAAGUUGGGCACAUUAUUUCUCUCAUUUCUAUUGAUUUUAGCUCAAAUUCCUUAUCUGGGUCAAUCCCAUCUUCACUUGGGAACCUCUAUAAUCUUCAAGAUUUAGUCUUGUACUCUAAUCAACUCACUGGAAAUAUCCCACAUGAACUUAGUGGCUGUUCAAGCUUAAAAAGCUUGCUUCUUUUUGAUAAUCAGCUUGGGGGUAGUUUACCUUCUGAGUUGGGCAAAAUAUCUAGUCUUGAAGUGAUUAGGGUUGGAGGUAAUAAAGACAUUUUGGGAAAAAUCCCAGAUGAAUUUGGUGAUUUGAGUAACCUUACAGUUCUGGGUUUAGCUGAUACUGGAAUUUCAGGUUCAUUACCUUCUACAUUGGGUAAGCUUUCCAAGCUUCAAAUACUUUCUAUUUAUACAACUUCUAUUUCUGGUAAGAUUCCUGGAGAACUAGGUAACUGUUCUGAGCUUAUAAAUAUAUACUUGUAUGAGAAUAGUUUAUCUGGGUCUAUCCCAUCUGAGAUUGGAAAGCUGAUGAAACUUGAAAAAUUGCUUCUUUGGCACAACAAUUUGGUGGGUCCUAUCCCAGAUGAGAUUGGGAAUUGUUCUAGCUUAAAAAGUAUUGAUCUUUCUUUAAAUCAGAUUUCUGGGUCUAUUCCAUUUUCAAUUGGGGGUUUAUCUGAUCUUGAGGAGUUUAUGAUUAGUAAUAACAAUGUGACUGGUUCAAUCCCUAGUGUUUUGUCAAAUUGUAUCAAUUUAGUGCAGUUACAAUUGGAUACUAAUCAGAUUUCUGGGGUACUACCCUUAGAACUUGGGUCACUUUCAAAGCUUACUGUGUUUUUUGCUUGGGCUAACCAACUAGAAGGGAACAUUCCUUCAAGUUUAGCUAGUUGUAGUAACCUACAAUCCCUAGAUUUGUCUCAUAAUGCCCUUACUGGUAGCAUUCCACCAGGAUUGUUUCAUAUCAAAAAUCUUACUAAACUUUUGCUCAUUUCAAAUGAGAUCUCUGGUACUCUUCCCCCUGAUAUCGGUAAUUGCACCGAGUUGAUUAGGCUUCGUCUUGGGCAUAACCGGAUUGCUGGUGAAAUUCCUGUACAAAUUGGGAAUCUAAAGAACCUAAACUUUCUCGAUUUGGCGAGUAAUCAUCUUUCGGGUGUAGUGCCUGAUGAGAUUGGGAGUUGUAGUGAGUUGCAGAUGUUAGAUCUUAGUAAUAACAAUCUUGUGGGUCCCCUCCCUCGUACAUUGUCGUCUUUAUCGUCUCUCCAAGUAUUGGAUGCUUCGGCUAAUGGGUUUGUGGGUGAAAUCCCGGCUAGUUUUGGUCGCCUUGUGUCACUGAAUAAGCUGGUUUUGAGCAAGAAUAUGAUCUCGGGAUUGAUACCACCGUCUUUAGGCUUGUGCACUAGUCUACAAUUGCUCGAUCUUAGUAGUAAUAAACUUUAUGGUGAGAUUCCUAGUGAUUUGUGCAAGAUCGUGUCUCUUGAAAUCGCUCUAAAUCUGAGUCGAAACAUGCUUUCUGGUCCGAUCCCAUCUCACUUACCGGCCUUAAACAAGUUAUCGAUAUUAGACCUUUCACACAACAACCUCAGCGGGAUCUUAAGCCCGCUAGUUGGCCUUGAAAACCUUGUUUCUCUUAACAUUUCCUACAACAACUUCACCGGACUCCUGCCCGACAGCAAGCUCUUCCGACAGCUUCCUUCAGCGUCUUUAGAGGGCAAUGAAGGGUUGUGUUCUUUUGGAAAAGACUCGUGUUUUUCAAGCAAUAUCGCUGGCUCGGAGCUUUCAGAUUCCAAGAAUGAAGUAAGAAAAGCCAGGAUUCUCAAAACAGCCAUUGCUUUGCUGAUAAUCAUGACAGUCGCGAUGGUGAUCAUGGGGAUUUUUGCUAUGAAUCGAGCACGAAAAACCAAUAAAAACGACGAGGAUUCGGAGUUGGGUGAUUCAUGGCCUUGGCAUUUCACCCCUUUCCAGAAACUUAACUUUUCAGUUGAUCAAGUGCUCAAAUGUCUUGUAGAUUCGAAUAUUAUUGGUAAAGGAUGUUCGGGAAUAGUUUAUCGAGCUGAUAUGGAAAACGGUGAUGUCAUUGCUGUGAAAAAGCUAUGGCCAACAACGAACCCUACAUCAAACCGAGCUGAUGAAAAGGGCGAAGUUCGAGAUUCAUUCUCUGCUGAGGUUAAAACUCUCGGGUCAAUCCGCCACAAGAACAUUGUUAGAUUCCUUGGUUGUUGUAGGAACCGAAAUACACGAUUACUUAUGUAUGAUUAUAUGCCGAAUGGGAGCUUGGGGAGUCUCUUGCACGAGAGUUCAAGGAAUGCGUUGGAAUGGGGUCUUAGGUACCGAAUCUUGCUUGGUGCUGCUCAAGGCCUAGCCUAUUUGCACCAUGAUUGUAUUCCACCAAUAGUCCAUCGAGACAUCAAGGCAAACAACAUCCUUAUCGGCCUAGAAUUCGAACCUUACAUUGCAGAUUUUGGCUUAGCGAAGCUCAUUGAUGACGGUGAUUUCAAUCGAUCAUCCAACACUGUCGCUGGCUCUUACGGAUACAUUGCUCCUGAAUAUGGUUACAUGUUGAAGAUAACAGAAAAGAGCGAUGUGUAUAGUUACGGAGUAGUAAUGUUGGAAGUCCUAACCGGAAAACAACCUGUAGACCCCACAAUACCCGGAGGGCUACAUGUUGUUGAUUGGGCAAGGCAAAAGAAGACCGGAGGGGUCGAAAUCCUUGAUCCGAGUUUAUUAUCAAGACCCGAGUCAGAGAUCGAGGAAAUUAUGCAAGCAUUAGGGAUCGCGUUGCUAUGUGUAAACCCGUCACCAGACGAAAGGCCAACAAUGAAAGAUGUAGCCGCAAUGCUCAAGGAAAUCAAGGAUGAGAGGGAAGAAUAUAGCAAGGUUGAUAUGCUACUUAAAUCCGGCUCACUUAAGACAUCAAACGAUCAGGAAAACCCGAGUCCUAGAAGUUACAAACGAGAAGUACCCGUUGGAAGUUCAUCGUCGAGAUUACCAAAUAAUGUGGACGGUUUUUAUCCCGAAAGUAAUAAUACAAGCUUUUCUGCAUCCUCAUUGCUCUAUUCAUCCUCUAAUCCUAGAUUGGAUUAAGUAAAAAAACAAUGAUAGUUUCAAAUAUGUAUAAAUUAAGCUAAGUACAUUAACCAAAAUGGGUUAAUUUCGGUGCUUAAUUAGCUUGUUUUAUGGUACUUAAUUAGUGUUCCUUUUGUUUUGGGUGUUAUUUUAUUCUUGUUCAUUAAUCCCUCUUCCCAAUGUUUAUUAAAUUAUUAUGUGUAAAGAAGAAAAAAGUGAUGUUAGUUUAUUAGCAAGUGGAAAGAGUAAAUGUAUGAAAUGAAGCCAAGAGAUGAUGGCAUGGGUGUUGGGAAUCUCACAAACAAUAAGUACAAGUUGUUUAC